AUGGACUCCCUCACAGCAUCUGAGCAGCGCGAGCUGCAGUCGCGCAUGGAGAAGAAGCAGAUGAAGGAAUUCAUGAACAUGUACUCGAACCUGGUGCAGCAAUGCUUUGACCACUGUGUCAACGGCUUCGAGAGCAAGUCUCUCACCUCGCGCGAAGAGAGCUGCGUGAUGCGAUGCGUCGACAAGCACAUGAAGGGCUCGCAGCGACUAGGCGACCGCUUCCAGGAGCAGAAUGCCGCCAUGGCCCAGGGCGGCGGCAUGGGCGGAAGAUAG